AUGCCACGCGCAGAGGCCGGUAGCACCAAGGCCAUUUCAAAUAAUAUCAAGAGCAAAGGACUGGGCAGAUUGAGAUGGUACUGCCAGGCAUGCGAACGGCAAAUGCGGGACGAGAACGGCUUCAAGUGCCACGUCCAAAGCGAAGCGCAUGUCCGGCAAAUGCUGCUCAUCGGCGAAGAUCCCAAGAAACACAUUAAACAAUUCUCCAACGAGUUCUUGAAGAACUUCAUCGACCUUUUGAAAACAACACACGGAGAGAAGCAAGUCAACGCCAAUCAUUUCUACCAGCAAGUCAUCGCGGACAAGACCCACAUCCAUAUGAACUCCACGGAAUGGAAAUCGCUCUCAGCUUUCACCGCACACUUGGGGAGGAAUGGAAUUUGUCGAGUGGAGGAGACUGAGAAAGGUCUAUUCAUAUCAUGGAUCGAUAAUAGCCCAGAGACAAUGCGCAGACGCGAGGCGAUCAUGAAGAAAGAACGACAAGAUAAAGGCGACGAAGAGCGUGAGCAGCGCUUGAUUCAGGAGCAAGUUGAACGCGCGCAGCGCAAUGCAAAAGAAAAAGAGAAAGAAGAAACUGCAGAGGAAAGGUUGCUACAGCGGGAAGAAGGCGAAAAAGUCAAGUUGAAUUUCGGGUUCAGCGCAAAGCCAAAGCCCGAUGCCAACACGGUCUCACCUUCGGCGGCGGCGGCAGCGACGGCGGAAUCUUCUGAUGCCAAGGAUUCUCCUGCUCCGACAGACAGAGAAGCGUCAACUCCAACUACCUCUCGGGCCCCUACCAAGAUUUCCAUGUCAUUCGGCGGCGCACAAAAGCCGAAGAACGUGUUUGCCUCGGGCCCGAAAAAGAACCCCCUAGCUGGGAAGAAGGGACCUGUGAUGGCGCAGCCCAAGAAGAUGACCGAGCAAGAGAGGAUCAUGAAAGCCGAGAUGGACGCUGCCGAACGCAAGCGCUCCAGACCGGACUCUGUCUUUAACUCUAAGCGGCCGAAGCUUGCAUAG